AUGCUCCUACUAAACACUCGCAUACAUAUUCUUAUGCCGCCACGUUGUCGGCGUGAGCAGCGAACGUGUUAAAUAGUUUGACCUCUUUCCAAAAAAAAAAACUCAUAAUGAACAAUUCCAGUUGCUGUCCACCAAACACACAACAAAACCUUGUUUGGGUGCAAGGAAGCCUUGGUCGUGUGUGGUACCGAAUCAGUAGGCGACAACCAAUGAUUCAAACGCUUAAAAUUAGUAUACAAGAUCCAUUUUUCGUCGCAGGUUAAUAACCGAUCAAGAAACGGUUCAUUAGCGUUGCGUGAAAUGUUUGCUGAACAGAUAGUAAGACGACUUAAUUUCUGAUGAAGAUGCAGAUGAAUAGUUUCAGGACUCACUCUGAACAUUUCUGCAAGUUCUUGACACGUUGUCUUGGAAUUUGCAUCCACAACCUGUCGAAGAUCCUCGUUGUUCAUGAUUUUUCUCCCUGCGCGCG